CCGAGGUGUACCACAGUUACCCGUGGUACUGCUUCCUGUUCGCCCUCGCCAUCUUCGUGACGCUCACCAAUCAGAUCCACAAGUGGUCGCACACGUACUUCGGGCUGCCGCGCUGGGUGGUGUUCCUGCAGGACUGCAAGAUCAUCCUGCCCCGAAAACACCACCGAGUGCACCACGUGUCCCCCCACGAGACCUACUUCUGCAUCACCACAGGCUGGCUGAACUACCCUCUGGAGAAGUUUGGCUUCUGGAAGAACCUGGAGGAUCUGAUCCAGAGUGUGACGGGGGAAAAGCCCCGCGCCGACGACCUGAAGUGGACUCAGAAAGUCCAGUGACGCUGCAGACCUCCUGCUUCCUACCUCAGAAGACCUGGCUCUCAUAAAAACUGUACAACAAAGACUAACAGACGCCUUCUGAUGCCAUAGCUUUACGUCUGUUCAAGAGGAGGGCUCUGCUUUUCAUUACUCACUCGUGGAGACCCUCGCUUCCAACUGCAACACAUCCUAACCUCUUUGUGUGUCGAACAUCGAUUCACUUAACAAUGCUUUUUGCUACGAAGGUAUUUCCUUCAAACAAUCCCAAGAAAGAAUACUUGAAAGUGUCAGACUCGCUUUUCCUGAGAGGGGAUACAUCUCGUUAGAUAUUAUAUUGUAUCGUUUUAUUUGCCUUUUUUGCAUCAAGGGUCUACCUGGUGUGCUAAUAAUGCAAUUGGAUUAAGGCCAUGGUAAGUAGUGCAGGGUGAUUGAAGAACAAAAUGGUUCAUUUCUGUUAUAUUUGUUGAUUUCUUGCACGUGGGUUCAGCUGCAAACCUUAAUGAGAGGGGACCACAUGUUUAAUAUCUGGUUUGUUGAUCCGAGGCGAUGACUACAGGAUUACUUUAUAGUGUUCAUUUACAGACAGCUCAGAAACAACAACCGUUCAUACUGCGGUCAGACCCUGAACUGGAAUUCGUUCUGCUCUCUGUAGGGCUGCAGUCAUUAGACCACACAUUUAGAAAAUGACAGUUUCAAUAACGAAAGCAAUUCAGUGUCCAGACUCUCAAAUGUAGAGUGUAUGUAUUUUGGAGUUUGGACUGACACAACUGAUCUGGAGACAUUUAUAAACACAAGUGAACCUAGAGACCUAAUUGAGUUAACCUGUCAGUGUGCGGUUGAGCGAGCAAACGUAAACUAACUAGCAAACAUUAGCUUUCUAUCUAACAAGCUGGCUAGCAAUUGUAAGCCAUCUACUUUUCAAGCUAAAGUUUGUUAUUUAUCAAACUAGUUACCAAGCUUACGUUAGCUAACAAGCUGGCUAGCAAAUGUAAUCUGUGGAGCUAUCGGUGGCUCUCAUAAUACGAUUUGGAUUAUUAUUUGAUAUCUCAAUAGCCGUUUAAAUAUGGAGAUGUUCCUAUGAAAGUAAAUAUCUUUGAUGUUUGGACACAAAGGUCUGCAGUGUUGACAUUUAUAAACACAAGUUAACCUAGCGACCAAACUCAAUGAACCUGUCAGUGUGCUGUUGAGCUAACUAGCUAAAGUUUGCUAUCUAACGAGUUAACUAUCUUACGUUAGCUACCCAUGUAACACGCUGGCUAGCUAAUGUAAUCUCUGUAGCUAUCGGUGGCUCUCAUAAUACGAUUGAUAUCUCAAUAGCAUCUCAAAUAUGGAGAUGUUCCUAUGAGAGUAAAUAUCUUUGGGGUUUGGACUGACACACAUUUAAAGACUUUGAGCAACGUCUCUCACUAGAUCACGACCAAAUGAUUAAUAUAAAGUAAUCUACAGAAUAACCAACAGGAGAGUAAUCAUGGCUUGCAGCCCUGCAGUUAUCUGACCCCACAGUGUGAAUUGUUCUUGUCUUUAAGAUUGAGGUGUGUAACUGUAGUCAGCGUCGAUGCUAACGUGUGUCACGCAGACGAUGGUCUCAGUGAAAGCCCUUUCCCUCCUGACGGACUGCAGGGAGGAGGCGGUGCAGUUUGAGCUGCCAGACGCAUCACAGGUGCAUCGCGUGUCUUUGGGUCACGUGCCAGCAGCGUGUUCACCCCUCACAUCCUGCUUUUCUUUUUCAAAGUUGGAGAGGAAGGGUCGAAGGGUUUGUCGUGAUGUUACAGCGACUUCACUCCCACUGACGAGAUGAUGUAGUUCAUUGAGCGUUGUUGUUUUGAAUGCUCCAGUCGGUCAUUUGUAAAUGUGUUGUACAGCGAAUGACUAUGCAGUGCAAUAAGAGGUCCUUAACCAUACGUCUUAAUCAUCUGGUUCAAAUGCCUUUCUUUUUCUACUCGUUUACACUGAGUGGCUUUUUAGUUUGGAUCUUAAACAUGCUUGAUCUGCAUGAUAUAUACAAUGACUUUAACUGUCACUUACAUACUGAUGUGUGCAUGCAUACAGCAUGGAGAUCUCCAAGUGCUAACCGGGGUCAGCAGCUGUGUAACUCUGAUCGUGCUGCUUUCAAAGACCAGCACAAAUGUUAGAAAUAUCUCAUUGUUAUUGAAUAAAUCCUACAUUGUUUUGUACCCCUAAAAUGAUAA